AUCGCAGUGAUCCGGGAGCGCGCUCACCUGGUGCGCGCGUCCCAUUGACCGUCAACCGCUCUAGACGCGUUUCCACAGGAGCGUUGCUGCAGCUCAGCGCGCACCGGGAGUCGCCAGACUAUUUCAGCACCGGUUCAACGAGGAGAGCUUCACCUGUAGCUGAGGUGCCCUUGUUGCUGUGGAACUGGAGCUGGUCUUGACUGAAUACCAACAUUAAUCUUAAUGCUGUGAAGAGACCAGCAUCUGGUGGAUUCUACAUUUGGGCCCAACCAUGUUCCACUUGAUAAAGAAAGAUAAAGACAAGGAGAAGGAUGGAACAAAAAAGGAGAAGAAGGAGAAGAAAGAGAAAAAAGAGCGAAUGUCUCAAGCCGAACUGAAGAGUCUAGAGGAAAUGAGCGUGAGGAGAGGUUUCUUUCAUCUUCAUCGAAGCAGCUCUAAACGAGAGGCGAAAGGAAAGCUGGAGAUUUCCAGCCCCAUUCCCAUCAGGGUGGUCCGAAACACAGAGCUCAACCUGACAGACGUGGACCUCAGGAAACUCUAUACUCAGGGUACCAUAACACCCACAAGCUCCAGCGAUGACAUUAAGAUUGACCAAGACGUCCUCCGGUCAUCCAUCAAAGAACAGGAGGUCGAGUAUGACUCCAUGGCAAAGCAGAAUUCCCAAGUCGAACAAAUCUUGAAGCGAACAAAUCUUUUUUUUUCACAGAAGAGUAAAGAGGAAAGGCGUUUAGGGUCGACCACACCAUCAGGACAGAACUCCACCACUCCCUCACCUCAGGUAGAUGGCAUGGUAUUCAACCCACCUCUGUAUACACUUCACCAUCCCACCAGCCCUGCAAAGAUUGUCCAGGUCCCAGAGAUAGUGGACCAAACAUUCCCAGCAGACAUGCGCUUGCCUGCUGUGGCGCCUCCACAGAUUCCUGCAUCAAGAGAGUUGGAAAUUCAGCGCCGCAACACAGGAGAUUUUGGCUUUACCCUUCGUCGCACCACCAUGGUGGACCAGCAGCCCGAUGGGUCGCUUUACCGAAACGUGGUGCACUUUGCUGAGCCUGGCACUGGGAAUAAGGACCUGACACUGGGGCUGGUGCCAGGCGACCGUCUGGUAGAGAUCAAUGGGAGGAACGUGGAAAGUAAAAGCAGGGAUGAGAUCGUGGAGAUGAUCAGGCUGUCUGGAGACACGGUACGUCUGAAGGUGCAGCCCAUCGUGGAGUUGAGCGAGCUGAGCUGCUGCUGGUUGAGGAACACCAGAGGCCCGUACCGUGAUGUUUAUGAGGUGAAGGCGGAGGAGCAGCUUGCUUCAGAGAAGGCCUGGUACAACACUGAGAAGGUCUGGCUUGUCCAUAAAGAUGGCUUCUCUUUGGCUACACAGCUCAAGAUAGAGAUGGGGUCAGAGGGGAAAGUAAAGGUCAGACUGGAGCAUGAUGGGACCGUACUGGAAGUGGAUGAGGAUGAUGUGGAGAAGGCAAAUCCUUUAUCAUAUGAUCGAGUGGAGGAUCUCUCCUCUCUUCUGUACCUCAACGAGUCUAGCAUUCUUCACACCCUUCGCCAGCGCUAUGGUGGAAACCUCAUUCACACCUACGCUGGGCCAAACCUGCUGGUGAUCAAUCCUCUCUGUACCCCUGCCUUGUACUCAGAGAAGGUGAUGCAGAUGUUUAAGGGCUGCCGGAGAGAAGAAACAGCCCCUCACAUUUUUGCUAUUGCUCAGUCGGCAUAUCAUCAGCUGCUGACCACACGUCAGGAUCAGACCAUCGUGCUGCUGGGCAAGAGUGGCAGUGGAAAGACCACUAACUGUCAGCACCUGCUGCAGUACCUGGUCACCAUCGCAGCUGGCAGUGGAAAGAUGUUUUCAGCUGAGAAAUGGCAGGCGGUCUACACGGUUCUGGAGGCUUUCGGGAACUGCAGUACAGCUAUUAAUGUGAACGCCAGUCGCUUCUCUCACAUAGUCUCUCUUGACUUUGACCAGGCAGGACAGGUGGCCUCUGCCUCUGUUCAGACCAUGUUGCUGGACAAGUUCAGAGUGACCAGACGACCAGAAGCAGAAUCAAGCUUCAAUGUGUUUUACUAUCUGAUGGCAGGAGCAGAUGCAGCUCUAAAGACUGAACUUCAUUUUAAUCACUUUGCUGAAAACAGCACGUUUGGGCUCCUCCCUUACGCGAAGCCUGAGGACAAGCAGAGAGCCGCUCAGCAGUUUACUAAGCUACAGGCAGCCAUGAAGGUCCUGGGCAUCUCUGCUGAAGAACAGAAAACCGUGUGGCUGAUCUUAGGGGCCAUAUACCACCUUGGGGCCGCUGGGGCCACCAAAGUGGUCCGAAAGCAGUUUGCCAGGCAUGAGUGGGCACAAAAAGCAGCAUAUCUCCUGGGCUGCACGCUGGAAGAGCUGUCCUCCGCCAUCUUUAAAACGCACAGCAAGGGCACACUUCCCCGCUCCUCAAGUGUCCGGCAGAGUACAGAUGAUACGGAUAGCUCAGUGUCUAAAGCAACAGCAGCUGAGUGUUUGGAGUUCAUGGCGUCUGGUUUAUACGCCGAGCUUUUCACACUCAUCAUCUCUCUCAUUAACAGAGCGCUGAAGUCCAGUCAGCAUUCUCUCUGUUCUCUGCUGAUUGUGGACACACCAGGCUUCCAGAACCCUCGUCAGGUGAAGAACCAGCGUGGGGCCACGUUUGAGGAGCUCUGUCAUAAUUAUGCUCAGGAACGUCUGCAGAUGCUGUUCCAGGAGCGAACAUUCGUACGGGAACUGGAGCGUUACAAAGAGGAAAACAUUGAGAUCACUCUGGAUGACCUGGAGCCCAGCCCUUCUCGCUCAGUAGCUGUGGUUGAUCAGUCCUCCAGUCAGACCCUGGUACGUACUCUGUCCCGGACAGAUGAGGCCAGGGGCUUGUUCUGGCUGAUGGAGGAGGAGGUUUUGCAGCCGGGAGGGUCUGAGGAAACACUCCUGCAGCGACUCUUCAGUUACUAUGGCCCUGCAGAGGGAGAGAGCACAGGUCACAUAGUGUUGCUUAAAAGUGAAAACACACAUAACUUCCUGCUCGGCCACAGUCACGGGACAGAUUGGGUGGAAUAUGAUACUCAUGGAUGGCUGAACCUAGCCAGGCUAAAUCCCACCCCCCAGAACGCAGCCAACCUGCUGCAGAACUCCCAGAAGAAGAGCAUCAGUGGGAUGUUUGUGGGCCGCUCCAGCAGUGCUGCGGUUCUGACAGGCUCCAUCGCUGGACUGGAGGGCGUCUCUCAGCUCGCGAUGCGUCGGGCCACCAGUAUGAGGAAGACAUUCACCACAGGCAUGGCAACUGUCAAAAAGAAGUCUCUCUGUCUUCAGAUUAAACUCCAAGUGGAUGCACUGUUGGACACCGUCCAUAGAUCCAGGGUUCACUUUGUCCACUGUCUGUUACCCCGAGCGGAGGUGCUGAGGGCCACAGGGUCCCCAGAGGAGAGCUGUGACCCUGGACUCAUGCAGAUGGAUGUGGCUUUGCUCAGGGCCCAGAUCCGUGGCUUUAAACUGCUGGACAGCUUGAGGAUUUGCAGACAAGGUUACCCUGAUCACAUGGCCUUCUCUGAGUUCAGAAGACGCUUUGACAUUUUGGCCCUUCACCUGACCAAGAAACUGGGCCGAGACUACAUUGUGAAGGAUGAGAAACGAGCAGUAGAGGAGCUUUUGGAGUCUUUGGAAUUAGAGAAGAGCAGCUAUCACAUGGGCCUGAGCAGGGUGUUCUUCAGGGCUGGAACAGUGGCUAAACUAGAGGGACAGAGGGAUGAACACACCAGACAGAACAUCACGCUGUUCCAGGCCGCCUGCAGGGGCUUUCUGUCUCGACAGGCCUUCAAAAAGAGGAAGAUCCAGGAUUUGGCCAUCCGUUGUGUCCAGAAGAACAUUAAGAAGAAUAAUGGUGUGAAGGACUGGCCCUGGUGGAAGCUCUUCACCACAGUACGACCUCUAGUGGAGGUUCAGCUCACCGAAGAGCAGAUGCGCGGAAAAGAUGAGGAGAUCAUGCAUCUGAAAUUGAAGCUGGAGAAGGUGGAGAAGGAAAGAAAUGAGCUGCGGCUGACCUCGGAUGGUCUGGAUAGUCGAAUCACAGAGCUGACAGCAGAGCUAUCAGAUGAGAGAAAUACUGCGGAGUCCACAUCUCAGCUGCUGGAGACAGAAACAAGCGAGAGAUUGCGUUUGGAAAAGGACAUGAAGGAUCUGCAGGUGAAGUUUGACGCCGUGCGGAAACAGAUGGAGUCCAUGGAGAUGGAGAUCAUGGAGGCCAGACUCCUCCAAGCAUCAGAACUCAACGGCGAGGUGGACAAUGGUGGUGAUGAUUCCGGAGGUGAAUGGAGGCUGAAAUAUGAACGUGUCAUCAGAGACACAGAAUUCACAAAGAAAAAGCUCCAGCAGGAGAUGGAGGACAAGCUGGAGACAGAACAACAGAACAAGAGACACUUGGAGAGAAAAUUCGGGGACUUGCAGGCUGACCACGAGGAUUCCCAGCGUUCAGUCCAGCAGCUGAAGAAGAAAUGCCAGCGGCUGGCAGCUGAACUGCAAGACACCAAAUUGCACCUGGAAAAUCAAGAGGGACGCAACUAUGAGCUUGAGAGAAAGCAGAGGAAGUUUGACGUGGAGAAGAACCAGUUUCAAGAGGAACUACAGAAGGAGAGGAACCAGCGAGAGAAACUAAGCCGCGAGAGAGAUGUGCUAACUGGCGAGGUGUUUACAAUCAGACAACAGCUACAGGAGAAGGACACAGAGCUGUGUACGGUCAGUCUGAAGGUAGAGCAGCUGGAAUCCGAGCUCCAGGAUCUCUCCUCUCAGGAGUCAAAAGACGAGGCUUCACUAGCAAAGGUUAAGAAGCAACUGCGUGAACUGGAAGCAAACGUCAAAGAUCAAGAGGAGGAGCUUGAUGAACAGGCGGGAACCAUUCAGAUGCUGGAACAGGCUAAACUCCGUUUGGAAAUGGAGAUGGAGAGACUGAGACAAACUCACUCUAAAGAGCUGGACAGUAAAGAUGAGGAAGUGGAGGAGAUCAGACUCUCCUGCAGUAAGAAGCUGAAGCAGAUGGAAGUGCAGAUAGAGGAGGAAUAUGAAGAUAAACAGAGAGUUCUGAGAGAAAAGAGAGACCUGGAGUCCAAACUGAUGAUGGCACAGGAACAGGUUGGUCAGAGGGAUGUAGAGACAGAGAAACGUCUCAGGAAGGAUCUGAAGCGCACAAAAGUUCUUCUGGCUGAUGCACAGAUGAUGCUGGACCACCUAAAGAGUAAUGUGCCCAGCAAAAGAGAGAUCAUCGCACUCAAAAAUAAGUUGGAGGAGUCAGAGUUUGCCUGCGCAGCUGCAGUUAAAGCACGCAAGUCUAUGGAGCUGGAAAUUGAAGACCUUCAUAUCCAGAUGGAUGAAAUCACCAAAGCCAAGAUGGCUAUGGAGGAGCAGAUAAGUCGUCUACAGAGAGAGAAGAACGACCUGCAGUCUCGCUUAGAGGAGGAUCAGGAGGACAUGAACGAACUCAUGAAGAAACACAAAGCUGCAGUGGCUCAGUCUACUAGAGAUCUGGUGCAGAUCAGUGACCUGCAGACCCAGGUGGAAGAGGCCAUGAAGGAAAAACAAGAGAUCCAGAACAAGCUUCACUCCCUGCGGUCACAGCUUGACUUUCAGGAACAAUCUAUGGUGGAGAAAUCACUGGUCAGUCGUCAGGAAGCCAAAAUCCGUGAACUAGAGACCAAACUAGAAUAUGAGAGGACCCAGACCAAACGUCUGGAGUCUCUUGUGACACGGCUGAAAGAAAACCUGGAGAAGAUGACUGAGGAACGAGACCAGCGUAUUGCCAGCGAAAACCGGGAGAAGGAUCAGAACAAGCGCAUGCAACGACAGACCCGGGACAUUAAGGAGGAGAUGACUGAACUGUCUAAGAAAGAGGCAGAGGCCAGUCACAAAAAACAUGAGCUGGAAAUGGAUAUUGAAAGUCUGGAAGCAGCCAAUCAGAGCUUACAAGCAGAUUUGAAGCUGGCCUUUAAGCGGAUUGGGGACCUGCAGGCUGCUAUGGAAGAUGAAAUGGAGACGGAUGAUGAUGAUGACCUCAUCAACAGUUUACAAGACACGGUGACAAAGUAUCAGAAAAGAAAGAACAAAACUGGAGAUGAAUCGGAUAUGGACUCUGAAGUGGAGGACCGCAUGGAUGGGGUGAAGUCAUUGCUCUCCAAGAGCAAUGGAUCCACCGAGACACUCUCUGAUGAAGGUACCUAGAGGGCCACCAGCCCCCCUCUGUACAGACUACACUCAAUGCAACAUGAUGAAGAUAACACUGGACCAGAGGAAGACUACACAAACUGAAAGUACAAUACUUGAAGACAGUAAUGGUGAUUGCCAACCUUCGGAAAGCACUUCAUAGAGCUGAUCUGCUUCUCACAUGCACUGAAAAGUGCCUCUGUUUACCUCUCAUCUACCCUAAUACUGAUUUACUUUGGUUUCUCCAUAGCUUACAAGGGGACUUUAGUUCAUCACCGCUGGUCUACAUAUACAGUGUGUUUUAGAGUACUUUUCUGCAGCUGCAAGGCACUUGUAUUUAUUUAGAUCUCACGUGUCUUAAUGAACAAUCCCUCCAAGAAAAUGAAGCAAUAUAUUGUAAAAAAGAAAUAAGAGUCUUUAUCUAAUCUUUAUUUUGUUUGGUUGAGUGUCUGCUUCAUGAUAUAUUUUGCCAUGAAUUUGCUUGAGUGAACCAUGUAGCACAGCUUUGCUGUAGUUUGCAGUUAAGGAAAUUGGGUAUUUAUCUAUCUCUCCUUUGUUUCUUUAUGAGCUGGUGAACUUCUGUUAACCAGAGGAGGUUCAUUUGAAUGGCAGCAUUUUCAUUCUAAACCUCUUUAAGAUUCUGUUUAUUUUCUUGGGGGUGCUUCAUUUUUGGGCCUUAAAUUACAUUUUUACCCAUUAGUUUAAGAUAAUAAUUUAGUAUUAUAUAUUUUCUGCCAAAAUCAGUAAUUGAUGGGAGUCUAAUAAUUUCUGAUGUGUUUGUGGGUAAGUGUGGUGUGUGCAUGUAUAGCGUGCGCUUGUAUGUGUGUGUCCUCCUCUGUUUUUCUAUGCAUUAAAUAAUAAUUUUAUUAUGAAAA